UCGUAUCGACCUAUCAGAAAUUUUGGAAUGAAAAAGGGAAAAGAAAAAACUUCCAUUAUUAACUAAUCCCUCCUUCUAAAUCCCUCCUUCCUACUUCUUUCUCCUCAUUUCUCCAAUCUCAACCACCCAUUUCAUCUCUUUGAUCAUCCAUUUUCAUUCCUUUCUUCAUUCAUUCUUCACUUUUUCUCGACACCCUUUUCAUUUCUAUCCCCAAUUCGCCGGUUUUCAUGGCGAAUACCUCUUCCCCUACAAAACCCAUCAUCACAUUUUGAUCCUCUUUCGAUUUAAUUAAUACCCAGUUGGAUAGGUUUUUGUUUGUUCCGUAAAAAUGGAGCUGGAUGGCAUCGAUGGUAUGCCAUCCAUGGAUGUGAUGGACGAGGAAGAUAAGACCCUUCAACGUCACUGUCAGUUUCCUUCGAUUUCCAAGCCUCGAAUCAACAAUAACGACAAUCCCACAACCACAAGUGUCCAUGAGCUUCUUGAAUGUCCUGUUUGUACCAAUUCUAUGUAUCCCCCAAUUCAUCAGUGUCCCAAUGGACAUACCCUCUGUUCGUCAUGUAAAACAAGGGUAGACAACCGUUGCCCGACAUGCAGACAAGAGCUCGGUGAUAUCAGAUGUCUAGCAUUAGAAAAAAUAGCUGAAUCGCUUAAACUGGCUUGUAAAUUCUCCACAUUUGGGUGCCAAGAGAUAUUGCCUUACUACAGCAAACUCAAACAUGAAUCUGCCUGUUACUAUAGACCAUAUACCUGCCCUUAUGCUGGAUCAGACUGCCCAAUUGAUGGCAAUAUUCCUUUCCUUGUUUCUCAUCUUCGGGAUGAUCACAAGGUCGAUAUGCAUUCUGGAUGCACGUUUAAUCAUCGUUAUGUAAAGGCUAAUCCAUGCGAAGUUGAAAAUGCCACAUGGAUGCUAACUGUCUUCCACUGUUUUGGCCAGUAUUUCUGUCUUCAUUUUGAAGCCUUUCAGCUGGGUAUGGCACCGGUUUACAUGGCAUUUCUGCGAUUCAUGGGGGACGAAUCCGACGCUCGAAACUUCAGUUACAGCCUCGAGGUUGGUGGAAAUGGCAGGAAGCUGAUUUGGGAGGGCAACCCUCGAAGCAUUCGGGACAACCACAAGAAAGUUAGAGACAGCCAUGAUGGUCUCAUUAUACAGCGAAACAUGGCGUUGUUCUUUUCGGGAGGAGAAAGGAAAGAGCUGAAGCUGCGGAUCACUGGACGGAUUUGGAAAGAACAAAAUAAACAGUAAAAUUGUUAGAGAUUCAACUCUUUAUGUAUUGACUGUAAUGCAUAACAUUUGCUUCAACUUUAUCCAGCAGAAGCCAAUCUUGAAUCA